CAGCUCGGCCAGAGCGACCGCGGGGCUGAGCGCGCGUCCGCUAGGGGGGCUCCGGAAGCUGCCCCGGCCCGCGGCCCCCUCCCUCGCUCCCGCCUCCCCUUCCUAGCUCACCGCUGCCUUCCUUUCCCGGCUCCCGCGCCGUCCGCCCGCCCCGCAGCCCGCGGCUCCGCGCCCCCUGCAGCCACGAUGCCCGCGGCCCGGCCGCCAGCCGCGGGACUCGGCGGGAUCUCGCUGUUCCUCGCUCUGCUCCUGGGGAGCCCGGCGGCAGCGCUGGAGAGAGACGCUCUUCCCGAGGGUCCUUACCUCCUGCCCUCAGGCGCCCUGGAGAGAGGCAGUCCUGGCAAAGAGCACCCCGAAGAGAGACUGGUAACUGCGCCCCCCAGUUCCUCACAGUCCGGGGAAGUGCUGGGAGAGCUGGAGCUGGAUGGGACCGCACCCUCUGCACAUCAUGACACCCCAGCCCUGUCACCACUGCUUCCAGAGGAGGCCCCUGCCAAGCACACCUUGCCCCCCAAGAAGAAACUGCCUUCACUCAAGGAGGUGAACUCCGCCAGGAAGCAGCUGAGGCCCAAGGCCACCUCCGCAGCCACUGUCCAAAGGGCGGGGUCCCAGCCAGCGUCCCAGGGCCUGGGUCUCCUCUCCUCCUCCACGGAGAAGCCUGGCCCACCGGGGGACCCGGACCCUAUCGUGGCCUCCGAGGAGGCAUCAGAAGUGCCCCUCUGGCUGGACCGAAAGGAGAGUGCAGUCCCCACAACACCCGCACCCCUGCAAAUCUCCCCCUUCACUUCGCAGCCCUAUAUGGCCCACACGCUCCCCCAGAGGUCAGAACCUGGGGAACCUGGGCCUGACAUGGCCCAGGAGGCCCCACAAGAGGACACCAGCCCCAUGGCCCUGAUGGACAAAGGAGAGAAUGAGCUGACUGGGUCAGCCUCAGAAGAGAGCCAGGAGACCACUACCUCCACCAUUAUCACCACCACAGUCAUCACCACCGAGCAGGCACCAGCUCUCUGCAGUGUGAGCUUCUCCAAUCCUGAGGGGUACAUUGACUCCAGCGACUACCCACCGCUGCCCCUCAACAACUUUCUGGAGUGCACAUACAACGUGACAGUCUACACUGGCUAUGGGGUGGAGCUCCAGGUGAAGAGUGUGAACCUGUCCGAGGGGGAACUGCUGUCCAUCCGCGGGGUGGAUGGCCCCACCCUGACCGUCCUGGCCAACCAGACACUCCUGGUGGAGGGGCAGGUAAUCCGAAGCCCCACCAACACCAUCUCCGUCUACUUCCGGACCUUCCAGGACGACGGCCUUGGGACCUUCCAGCUACACUACCAGGCCUUCAUGCUGAGCUGCAACUUUCCCCGCCGGCCUGACUCUGGGGAUGUAACGGUGAUGGACCUGCACUCAGGUGGGGUGGCCCACUUCCACUGCCACCUGGGCUAUGAGCUCCAGGGCACUAAGAUGCUGACGUGCAUCAAUGCCUCCAAGCCGCACUGGAGCAGCCAGGAGCCCAUCUGCUCAGCUCCUUGUGGAGGGACAGUGCACAAUGCCACCAUCGGCCGCGUCCUCUCCCCAAGUUACCCUGGAAACACCAAUGGGAGCCAAUUCUGCGUCUGGACGAUUGAAGCUCCAGAGGGCCAGAAGCUGCAUCUGCACUUUGAGAGGCUGUCGCUGCAUGACAAGGACAGGAUGACAGUUCACAGCGGGCAGACCAACAAGUCAGCUCUUCUCUACGACUCCCUUCAAACCGAGAGUGUCCCUUUUGAGGGCCUGCUGAGCGAGGGCAACACCAUCCGUAUCGAGUUCACGUCCGACCAGGCCCGAGUGGCCUCCACCUUCAACAUCCGAUUUGAGGCGUUUGAGAAAGGCCACUGCUACGAGCCCUACAUCCAGAAUGGGAACUUCACUACAUCCGACCCCACCUAUAACAUUGGGACUAUAGUGGAGUUCACCUGCGACCCCGGCCACUCCCUGGAGCAGGGCCCGGCCAUCAUCGAAUGCAUCAAUGUGCGGGACCCAUACUGGAAUGACACGGAGCCCCUCUGCAGAGCCAUGUGCGGCGGUGAGCUCUCUGCUGUGGCUGGGGUGGUAUUGUCCCCAAACUGGCCGGAGCCCUACGUGGAAGGUGAAGACUGUAUCUGGAAGAUCCACGUGGGAGAAGAGAAACGGAUCUUCUUAGAUAUCCAGUUCCUGAAUCUGAGCAACAGUGACAUCUUGACCAUCUACGAUGGCGACGAGGUCAUGCCCCACAUCUUGGGGCAGUACCUUGGGAAUAGUGGCCCCCAGAAGCUGUACUCCUCCACGCCAGACUUAACCAUCCAGUUCCAUUCGGACCCUGCUGGGCUGAUCUUUGGAAAGGGCCAGGGAUUCGUCAUGAACUACAUAGAGGUGUCAAGGAAUGACUCCUGCUCGGAUUUACCCGAGAUCCAGAAUGGCUGGAAAACCACUUCUCACACGGAGCUGGUGCGGGGAGCCAGAAUCACCUACCAGUGUGACCCGGGCUAUGACAUCGUGGGCAGUGACACCCUCACCUGCCAGUGGGACCUCAGCUGGAGCAGCGACCCCCCAUUUUGUGAGAAAAUUAUGUAUUGCACCGACCCCGGAGAGGUGGAUCACUCGACCCGCUUAAUUUCGGAUCCUGUGCUGCUGGUGGGGACCACCAUCCAAUACACCUGCAACCCCGGUUUUGUGCUUGAAGGGAGUUCUCUUCUGACCUGCUACAGCCGUGAAACAGGGACUCCCAUCUGGACGUCUCGCCUGCCCCACUGCGUUUCGGAGGAGUCCCUGGCAUGUGACAACCCAGGGCUGCCUGAAAAUGGAUACCAAAUCCUGUACAAGCGACUCUACCUGCCAGGAGAGUCCCUCACUUUCAUGUGUUACGAAGGCUUUGAGCUCAUGGGCGAAGUGACCAUCCGCUGCAUCCUGGGACAGCCAUCCCACUGGAACGGGCCCCUGCCCGUGUGUAAAGUUAAUCAAGACAGUUUUGAACAUGCUUUAGAAGUAGCAGAAGCGGCAGCAGAGACGUCGCUGGAAGGGGGGAACAUGGCCCUGGCUAUCUUCAUCCCGGUCCUCAUCAUCUCCUUACUGCUGGGAGGAGCCUACAUUUACAUCACAAGAUGUCGCUACUAUUCCAAUCUCCGCCUGCCUCUGAUGUACUCCCACCCCUACAGCCAGAUCACCGUGGAAACCGAGUUUGACAACCCCAUUUAUGAGACAGGGGAAACCAGAGAGUAUGAGGUUUCUAUCUAAAGAGAGCUACACUUGAGAAGGGGACUUGUGAACCUCAGCCACAAUCUCCUCGAGACGUUCAUCCAGAGAUCAUGUGGCAUUUGAUUGAAACCCCAGAAUGUUGACUGUCUUUUCUUUAGACUCUUUAUUGAAGGUUUACUGUUUUCUUCCCUGUAUUUAUUAUAUUUAAAAGUG